ACACAUACCAAUCAUCCGACGCGGACUCAACUCGACCCUCGGAUACUACUGAAGAUCGUGGGCCUGACGUGCAUCGUAUCGGUGUUCCUGACGAUCCUCACGUGUUAUGUCUGCAAACGGUAUUGGAAACGGAGUGACACCCGAGACAAUCACGUCUACCGCGUCUCGUGCAACACAUCCGCGUCUCCGCACGUCUUUCCACUCGAGUCUUUCCAACCGCUGAAUCCAAAUGCCUUUUUCAAGUCACCCGAACACGUGGCCAGUGCUCUGUGCGGUGACCUAUCGGUGCUGUCGGGUUCGCACCUAC